AUGCCUUCCGAAGCCUCAGCCUCAGCCUCUCGUUUCAUCCCCGAACCCAAGACAGUCGCGGUGAUCCCCAUCCCUAUUUUCAGUAAACUGAGGCUAAUUCGUUCUCGCGACCGUCCUGAAGAGGCGUCCAAGCUCGGCGUCGACCGCGGUCCGGUCAGGCUCGUGGAGGCGGGGCUGCCCGAACAGAUCGCGGAGCUCGGCUGGAAGGUUGAGUUCGACGGGCACCAUCAGUUCGAGGAGAUCGACGAGGAGAAUGACCCGCCAAUCGGCAAGCUGAAGAACCCGCGCCUCGUCUCGCGCGUGUGCGAGGCGGUCGCGAAGGUCGUUGGAGGGCAUGCGAAGAAGGGGCAGAUGACGCUGACGUUGGGCGGGGAUCAUUCGUUGGCCAUGGGUACGAUUUCGGGGACGCUGGAUCGCUACCCUGACGCGUGCGUGAUCUGGGUGGACGCGCACGCCGACAUCAACACCGCCGAGACGACUGAGUCAGGCAACAUCCACGGCAUGCCCGUGUCCUUCCUGCUCGGGCUGGGCCCCAAGAUUCCUGAAUUCAGCUGGGUGCGCCCCGCCCUCGCGCCGAUGCGCUUAGUGUACAUCGGCCUGCGCGACGUUGAUGCGGGCGAGAAGCGCAUCCUGAAGGAGAGUGGCAUUCGUGCGUUCAGCAUGCACGAGGUCGACAAGUACGGCAUCGGCAGGGUGGUCGAAAUGGCGCUCGACCACGUGAAUCCGGGCAGAGACCGCCCGAUCCACCUCAGCUUUGAUGUGGAUGCGCUCGACCCGAGCGUCGCGCCGUCGACAGGAACGCCGGUUCGUGGCGGUCUCACCUUCAGGGAGGGACAUUACAUCUGCGAGGCGAUCUACGAGACCGGAUGUCUUGUCGCUGUGGAUAUAAUGGAGGUCAACCCGUCGCUUGCGGAGGACAAGGAUGUGGAGCAGACUAUCGCAGUGGGCUGUUCGCUCGCGCGAUCUGCGUUAGGCGAGACGCUCCUGUGA